UGAGACGCAAAACCGCGCGCGCUGUGGAGAGCGGGAGGCGGUGCUUCGACAUCUCCGGCCGCCCCGCCCCUCUACUUGCCUUGCGCGGACGAACCCAGGCGCUUGAAUCUCUUCAGCCCCUCCCUCUUCCUCUCCUCGGUCACUUUUCUCCCUUUCUGCCGUCAGCGCCUCGUUAGCAACCUCGCCAGACCGGACCUGCGCGUGGCCGCGCCGCCUGCUCCUUCUCUCUCGCCGGUGCCUUCGCGCCCUGUAUGGUCCAUCGUCGCCACCCUGCUCCGGCACCACCUCCGCGGCCGCCUCCUCUUCUCUCCGGCUCAGCUCCUUCUGCCCCCGGCGGUGGCGCCCUCAGCACCCAGGCUGUAUGAUCAGGCUACAGUCUUCAAUGAGUAACCAUAUUCCUUUCUGUGGUGUUCUUGGUCACACAUUUAUGGAGUUUCUGAAGGGCAGUGGGGACUACUGCCAGGCACAGCACGGCCUCUAUGCAGACAAGUGAACUGUAGAAGUCCAUUACUACUCCACCAAGAAGCCCCCUUAAGAGCGGUUACCAAGAUAAGAAGUGUUGAAUUGAAAUUGGCAGAGCAUUUUACAAAGGAGUUCAGACCUGGAUGGGGUAACCUCAGUGCACUGCCUUUCUUUUUGCCUCAGUAUUACUGAAUUGAAGAAUUGCUGCUUCUUGUUUUAAGAGGUUCAUUUCAUUUCCCAUCACUCCUAAAGUUCAUACUUGUCAGUACUUUCAAGUGGCUUUUAGUAAAGUAGACUUCCAUUCCUCUGCAUCACUUCUGUUAAUUUUU